UCCUCAUCUUCCUCUCUCUCUCUCUCUCUCUCUCUCUCUCUCUCUCUCUCUCUCUCCUCUUCAGAUUCAGAAUUCAGAUCUGCGCACGCUCUUGGAAAAAAAAGAAGCAUAAUCUGUACUGUUUCGAGUUUUCAUUUCUGAGAGGGAAGAAAGAGAAGUGAUAGUUGCAGUUGUGUGUUUGCAAUGGUGGAAGCGCAGACAUGGAAGACGAGGAGGAUGAGCAAUCCCAGGCUAGAUGCGACGGGCGGCGGCGCUACUGUAGGAGGUGCGGCGGUGGACCAUCAGGCACUUGACAUGCCGGCGACGCCGCCGGGGGAUGUAAGGAACAGCUCUUUCGGUGGGGUUGGAUGGCAGAAACUGUCGCCGAAUGUGCUGACGGCCGGGAUCAUAGCCUCGUGGUUCGCCUCGAAUAUUGGCGUCCUCUUGCUGAAUAAAUACCUUCUGGCGUACUAUGGCUAUCGAUAUCCAAUCUUCCUGACGAUGAUCCACAUGCUUUCAUGUGCUACUUACAGCUAUAUUGCAAUCGGCUUUCUGGAGAUCGUACCGCGUCAGCACAUCCUCUCCCGAAGGCAGUUCCUCAAGAUCUUCGCCCUCAGCGCCAUUUUCUGCUUCUCCGUCGUUUGCGGCAACACCUCCCUCAGGUACAUUCCCGUCUCCUUUAACCAAGCCAUCGGCGCCACCACGCCCUUCUUCACCGCUAUAUUCGCCUUUCUCAUCACUUGCAAGAAGGAGUCCGCCGAAGUCUACUUCGCGCUCUUGCCCGUCGUGUUCGGGAUCGUGUUGGCCAGCAACAGCGAGCCCUUGUUCCACCUCUUCGGCUUCCUCGUCUGUAUCAGUUCCACGGCCGGCCGCGCCUUGAAGUCAGUUGUGCAGGGUAUCUUACUGACGUCAGAAGCGGAAAAACUACAUUCCAUGAAUCUGUUGCUCUAUAUGGCGCCCAUGGCUGCUUUCAUCCUUCUCCCAUUUACCCUUUAUAUCGAAGGCAACGUAGCGAGAAUCACGGUAGACAAGGCCAAAACCGAUACUUUCAUUGUCUUCUUGCUGUUGGGGAAUGCAACGGUGGCGUAUUUAGUAAACCUGACCAAUUUUCUAGUGACGAAGCACACCAGUGCACUGACACUGCAGGUGCUAGGCAAUGCAAAGGCCGCGGUUGCGGCGGGAGUGUCAGUGUUGAUUUUCAGAAACCCGGUGACGGUGAUGGGCAUCACAGGAUUCGCCGUUACAAUAAUGGGUGUGGUGCUUUACAGCGAGGCAAAGAAGAGGUCUAAAGUUACGACUCAUUGACGAUAAAUACAACGAUCUAUUCAUUUUGAUUGCCAAAAAAAAAAAAAAACUGGUUCGGUUCUUUUAUUUUUACUUUAGCUUUUUAAUAUUUUUCUUACCUCGAAUUUAUCGCACUUUUGUCUUUGCUUUUGAUUAGAUUUUAAAGAAAGGGAAGAAUGAAAAAUUUGGGUCAAAGGAAAACGUGAUUUGGAUUGUAUAGGAUGCUUGGAAUUAUUGUGGGUGGGUUUAAGAGAACAAGAUUCUCUCUUUCACCUGUCCCCUGUCUGUAACCUAUGUUCAAUGCAAUUUGGCAAAACAGAGAACGGAUUCAGAUAUUCA